AUGGGAUUAAAGGAUACCGGGACUUGCGGGCUCAGUGCCUGUCUUUUCACUACCCAAAUUAUAGGCAGAUUACUCAGUUUUGCUUGUGCAAUAACAGUUUUUGUUUUGGUCGGAGUCCAAAUCGAACGAACACACGACGCAGGCGCUAGUAUCGACUCAAAACUAACCUAUACCAUGAUUCUGUCCGGAAUUGCUAUGUUGGACAUCACUUUGAUAUUUACCAAGUGGAGGUUUGUCUCGGAUUUGGUACUUACAAUUAUGUGGUUGGUGGACGCCUCUACUCUAUCUGGCAUCGAUGGUAGCCUGUCUUGUGAGGGAUCCUGGCAACACACUGUUUGGGGAUACUGUUGGGGCCGUUUUUUCGGAGAUGUCAUCCCCGGGCUUGAUCCUUCUAUGGUUGUCGGUUCUUCUGGCUGCUAUGAAUGGAGAUUGGUUAUCAUACUUGCAUACCUGGCAAUGUCAGUGCAUGUAGUUAAUUACAUUAUUGACACAAAUGGUUGCAUUUGGAAAGUCGGUGCCGACGAGCGGAAGCUUUUUCCUGUGAAAAUGCGUGAGGAUAGACAAGCUUCAGUCACAUGA